UGACCUUUAUUUAUUUUGUUUGGCACUCAUUCAUUUCGUUCAAUAAAAAAUUAAUUCGCGUUGAUGAGUGAAAGCGUGUUACUGUUGCAUUGUUUGUAAUCAAGGUAAUUUAUGCAUUGAAGAAAUGGAUCUAGCUAAAUCGUUGUUUAGUUCACGCGACCAUGUCGGAUAUGUAGGACGUGAAGAUCACGAACGUAAAAUAAGUGCAGCAUUAGCAGACGAUGACCCAGAAGAUGUAAUCGAUGCCAUUCGUGGCUUGAAUAUCGCAGAUGAGUUGCUUCCUACCCCUGGGGGGCCUUUUUCAGCGCUCACACCGAGUAUGGUACCCCAGGACAUCAUGGCGAAGUUAGUGCAACCAGAGUCGGAGGGCCACGGUGGAGGACUUCCAGACUACAGAUUUGACGAAUUUGGCUUUUGUGUUGAAGAUGAAGACGUGCCUGAAUCUGAACAAUGCACCAACAAACUACUUUCAAACGUUCUGGUUGAAGAUGACCAACACCGCUUGCAAUGGGAAUUCUACAGCAAAGAAAUCAACUUCUCUGAAAGAGAAGGCAAAUUGAAUAAAAACGAUAAGCUACAGAAAAUGGUGAAAGAUGGUGUACCCCAUUCUCUCCGUCCUCAAGUCUGGAUGCACCUUUGUGGGGCCAAUAAGAAGCGUGCUUCCACAGAAAUAACAUAUCAUGAAAUAGUGAGAGCAUCCAGUGAUGAUGGAUUAGUGACAAGUAAACAAAUUGAGAAAGACUUAGUGCAAAUAUUGCCUAAUAAUGUUUGUUUUUCACACCCAACGAGUACUGGUGUUCCAAGAUUACGCAGAAUCUUGAGAGCUUUGGCAUGGCUUUACCCUGAUAUAGGUUAUUGUCAAGGCACAGGUAUGAUUGCUGCCUCACUCUUGCUACUGAUGGAGGAAGAGGAAGCAUUCUGGAUCAUGUGUACAACUGUGGAGGAUCUAUUGCCGGCUUCUUAUUACUCUUCCACAUUAAUUGGGAUUCAAGCUGACCAAAAGGUUUUGAGAAGUCUUAUAUCAACUUACUUGCCAGGUAUUGAUCAAGUUUUAAACGCACAUGACAUUGAACUCUCUCUUAUAACUAUGCACUGGUUUUUAACCUUGUAUGCAAAUGUAGUUAAUAUGAAGAUUUUGCUAAGAAUUUGGGAUUUGUUCUUCCUGGAUGGCUCUAUUGUUCUUUUCAAAGUUACUCUGGCAAUGUUGAAAAUCAAGGAGAACAGAUUCACGGAGAUUUCAAACUCUGCUCAGAUAUUUAAUGCACUAUCUGAUAUUCCUGGUGAAAUAGAUGAUGUUGACCUCUUGAUAAAAACUAUUGAUGAAGUUUGUGGUGACACUUUAAGCCCCACCUUGAUAGAAACACAUAGAAGAAGACAUUUAGCAUAUCUAAUGGCUGAUCAAGGUGCAUUAGUGGGAAACCCUGGAGCUGUGCCUAAUCUUCCCAAGCAGCAGCUGCAAAGGAGACAAAUAAAAAGAAGCAAAUCAGUUAUUCAAACAAUACUAUUUGGAGAAGACAGUAACAAUGAUGAUUCAGUGUCUAAAAAUGUAAAACAAACAGAAAUUUUAGUGGAUCUCAGAGAAGCCAUAUUACAAGUAGCUCGCCACUUCUUAGCUCUGGAGCCACAACUAGCUUCGGAAGUGCAGUUAACAGCAGACUAUACCAUGCAAAGUCAUGCAGCUGAUAGAGAAAGAUAUGUCAACGUGUCCAGGAGCAAAAGGCGACGUGCCAAAGCUCUUCUAGACUUCGAGAGAAGAGAUGGAGAUGAGUUGGGUUUCCGAAAAAAUGAUGUCAUUGAAGUGAUCAGCUCCAGGGAUGAACACUGUUGGAUUGGGGAACUAAAUGGUUUAAGAGGAUGGUUCCCAGCAAGAUUCGUCAAGUUACUUGAUGAGAAAGGAGUUAAAUAUAGCAGAGCUGGAGAUGAUUCAGUCACAGAAAAGGCUGCACACCUGGUUAGAGGUGUUUUAGCGCCUGCUUUCAAGAGAGUCCUUUUGCAUGGAAUUAAAAAACCUAGCUUUCUUGAUGGGCCUUGCCAUCCCUGGUUAUUCAUUGAAGAGGCUUCAUCUCGAGAAGUUGAAAAGGACUUCAAUUCAGUAUACAGUCGCCUAGUUCUGUGUAAGACAUAUCGUUUGGAUGAAGAUGGAAAAGUUCUGACACCUGAAGAACUGCUCUAUAGAUGUGUUCAAGCUAUUAACUUAUCCCAUGACAAUGCCCACGCCCAAAUGGAUGUAAAAUUGCGUACUCUCAUAUGUAUGGGUUUGAAUGAGGAAGCCUUACAUUUGUGGCUUGAAGUUCUAUGUUCAUGUGUUGAUGUUGUACAGAAGUGGUAUCACCCUUGGUCCUUUAUAAACUCUCCAGGGUGGGUUCAGAUUAAGUGUGAAUUAAGAAUACUUUCUCAGUUUGGCUUCAAUUUGAAUCCAGAGUGGGAAUUGCCUGUGAAGAAAGACACCCAAAAUCAACCAUUGAAAGAAGGAGUCAGAGAUAUGUUGGUAAAACAUCACUUAUUCUCAUGGGAUCUGUAAAUUUCAUAUAAAAUAAUUCACAAUAUUUUCCAAAUUCUAUUAGCUUAAGUGUAACUUACAACAUGUAUUAAAAAUUGUAUAUAUUUAUUUAUUAAAUGUACUUAACUAAUGUGUUGCAAUUUAAUUAAGAGAUCAUGCAUUGUUAUUUUAAAAAAAUGCUUUAUUGAAAUGUAUGUGCAAUUUCAUUUGUUAAUGCUAAAUAAAUAUUCCGCAGUUA